CACUGCACGCAAUACCGACGUGUAUGAAAUGGCUGAAUAGCACGUAUACGCAAAAGAACACAAAACAUACAAUACCGUUUACGUAGAUUGCUUGAGGACGCUAACGCUAUUUACGCAGGUUGACUAGCAUGACGCUCUGAACGUCAACAUGGGGAAAUUCGGUUUGCAGUUUAAAGCGACGCUGGAGAACGUUACAAAUGUUAGACCAGACGGAGACGACUUCCGCUGGUAUUUAAAGCUGAAGUGUGGGAAUUGUGGUGAGAUCUCAGACAAAUGGCAGUAUAUCACAUUGCUGGACAGUAUGCCACUGAAAGGAGGCCGAGGCAGUGCCUCUAUGGUUCAGAAGUGUAAACUGUGCUCCCGGGAAAACUCAAUAGAUAUCCUGAAGGACACCAUCACGCCGUACAACGUGGAGGACAGUGAGCGGUUCAAGACGAUGGUGCAGUUUGAGUGUCGAGGCCUCGAGCCGGUCGACUUCCAUCCACAGGCUGGAUUUGUGGCUAAGGGUGCAGAGACGACCACCCAGUUCCCUGAAAUCAACCUUCAGGAGAAAGACUGGACAGACUAUGACGAGAAAGCUGGCGAGUCAGUGGGCAUCUAUGAAGUCACACAUCAGUUUAUCAAGUGUUGAGAGCAUUGGAGAUGGAGCACAAAUGUUGUGGCUGGAUAUCCAACAAAGAAAAAGAGACUUUAUACAAGGAACAUUCAUAAAAUUCAACAAAAAUACUUUAAUUGUUGUUGUUGAAAUUGUAAAUGGAUGUGUUUGGGGGGAACAGGCAAGAACAUUCACUACAUAAAAGAUGACCAGUUCCUUGGAGAUGCAGGUCUGCACUUAAAUAAAGUUAUGAUUUGUAAGAA